CAUUUAUCACAUGAAUGACAGUAUUACUAGUCAAGGCAAUGAAAUACCUUCCCUGCUCAUUAUCCAGGAAGAGGACUGUCCUAGGCUUGAAGAGGACAGUGUUUCUUUGAAGAAUCUGCUCAGCUCUGGAAGAGCAGGUAUAGGCACAUCCAGGUCCAAGGAAGGGUCCCUGAAGGGACCCUCAUAUCAAGAUGCCCUUAUAGAGGGGGGACCAGGGUUUCUCUCUCAGUCAAUCCAGGUCAUCCCUGAGCCUGUUCCUACCCACCAGAGGACUGAGGGGAGCUCCACAUGUGGGGGACACCAAGGAAGAUGCCAUGAAGCCCACAACUCAUACAGAUGUGAAAAGUGUCCCAAGAUCUUUAGGUAUUUCUCUCAGCUAAAAGCCCAUCAGAGAAGACACGAUAACGAGAGGACAUUUACUUGUGCUGAGUGUAACAAAGGCUUCUUCCAAGCAUCAGACCUACACGUGCAUCAGAAGAUUCACGCAGAAGAGAAGCCUUUCACGUGCAGCACCUGUGAAAAAUCCUUCAGCCACAAAACCAACCUCCUGGCACAUGAGAGAAUCCACACAGGGGAGAAGCCCUAUGAAUGUUCCCUCUGCCAUAGAAGGUACCGCCAGUCGUCCACCUACCACCGCCACCUGAGGACUCACCAGAAAAGUGCCUUCAGAGGUGUUCCUUCCACACCAGAAGCUUCCUCGGGUGCAGCCCCAAUGGAAUGAUA